GUCCCGGGCCGGGCGGGGCCGCGUCAUGGCGGAGGCUGCUUUGGACGCCGUGCGGAGGGAGUUACGAGAAUUCCCGGCAGCGGCAAGGGAGCUCAGUGUGCCACUUGCUGUGCCUUACCUGGAUGAGCCCCCCACUCCACUCCACUUCCACCGGGACUGGGUCUGUCCCAACAAGCCCUGCAUCAUCCGCAACGCCAUGCAGCACUGGCCAGCCCUUCAAAAGUGGUCCCUCCCCUACCUCAGAGCCACAGUAGGCUCCACAGAAGUGAGCGUGGCCGUAACCCCAGAUGGUUAUGCAGAUGCUGUGCGAGGGGACCGCUUUGUGAUGCCUGCUGAGCGUUGCCUGCCCCUGAGCUAUGUGCUGGACGUGCUGGAGGGCCAGGCCCAGCACCCAGGAGUCCUCUAUGUUCAGAAGCAGUGCUCCAACUUGCCCACUGAGCUGCCCCAGCUGCUGCCUGACCUGGAGCCCCAUGUGCCCUGGGCCUCUGAGGCACUUGGAAAGAUGCCUGAUGCUGUGAACUUCUGGUUGGGAGAGGCGGCUGCAGUGACAUCUUUGCACAAGGACCACUAUGAAAACCUCUACUGCGUGGUCUCAGGAGAGAAACACUUCUUGUUACAUCCACCCAGCGACCGGCCCUUCAUCCCCUAUGAGCUAUACACACCGGCAACUUACCAGCUAACUGAAGAGGGAACCUUUAAGAUGGUGGAUGAAGAGGCCAUGGAGAAGGCAAAGGUGCCUGGGACCUGCCUGCUCACUGUUCGUGUCCUGCAGGCCCAUGACUUGCCCUCCAAGGACCUAGUAACGCCCUCUGACUGCUACGUUACCGUGUGGCUGCCCACAGCCUCUAGCAACAGGCUCCAGACACGCACGGUUAAGAACAGCAGAAGCCCCGUCUGGAACCAGAGCUUUCACUUCCAAAUCCAUAGCCAGCUCAAGAACAUCGUGGAACUGAAAGUCUUUGACCAGGAUCUACUGACCAAAGAUGACCCCGUGUUGUCAGUGCUGUUUGACGUGGGGACUCUGCGGGUUGGGGAGUGCCGGCAGGAGAGCUUCUCACUGAGCCCUCAGGGUAAGGAGCGGCUAGAAGUUGAAUUUCGGCUGCGGAGUCUGACAGACCGUGCUGAGCAGCUCAUCAGCAAUGGCAUCCUGGUGGCCCGGGAACUCUCCUGCUUGCAUGUUCAACUGGAGGAGACAGGGGAUCUGAAGGGGUCAGAAUGCAGAGUUCGGCUUGUGGUUCCUGGGUCCUUUGAGGGUUCACAGGAAGCCUCUGUGGGCACCAACACCUUCUGCUUCCAUUGCCCAGCCUGCUGGGAGCAAGAGCUGAGUAUCCAUCUGCAGGAUACCCCCCAGGAGCAACUGAAAGUGCCACUGAAGGUCCUGCCCUCUGGCCAGGUGGUGAGGCUCGUCUUUCCCAUGUCCCAGGAGCCUCUGAUGAGAGUGGAGCUGAAAAAAGAAGAAGGACCACAGGAGCUGGCUGUGCGGCUGGGCUGUGGACCUUGUGCUGAGGAGCAGGCCUUCCUGAGCAGGAGGAAGCAAGUGGUGGCCGCAGCCCUAAAGGAGGCCCUGCAGCUGGACAGAGACCUGCAGGAGGAUGAGAUCCCAGUGGUAGCUGUUAUGGCCACUGGUGGUGGGAUCCGGGCAAUGACUUCCUUGUAUGGGCAGCUGGCUGGCCUGAAGGAGCUGGGCCUCUUGGAUUGUGUCUCCUACAUCACGGGGGCCUCGGGCUCUACCUGGGCCUUGGCCAACCUCUAUGAGGAUCCAGAGUGGUCUCAGAAGGACCUGGCAGGGCCCACUGAGUUGCUGAAGAUCCAGGUGACCAAGAGCAAGCUUGGUGUGUUGGCCCCUAGCCAACUGUGGCGGUACCAGCAGGAGCUGGCUGAGCGUGCCCGCCUGGGUCACCCAGCCUGCUUCACCAACCUGUGGGCCCUCAUCAAUGAGGCACUGCUGCAUGAUGAGCCCCAUGACUAUAAACUCUCAGAUCAGCGGGAGGCCUUGAGUCGAGGCCAGAACCCUCUGCCCAUCUACUGUGCCCUCAACACCAAGGGGCAGAGCCUGACCACCUUUGCAUUUGGGGAGUGGGUUGAGUUCUCCCCCUAUGAGGUUGGCUUCCCCAAGUACGGAGCCUUCAUCCCCUCUGAACUCUUUGGUUCUGAGUUCUUCAUGGGACGGCUGAUGAAGAGGCUUCCUGAGUCCCGUAUCUGCUUUUUGGAAGGUAUCUGGAGCAACCUCUACGCAGCCAACCUCCAGGACAGCUUAUACUGGGCCUCAGACCCCAGCCAAUUCUGGGACCGCUGGGCGCAGAAUCAGGCCAGCCUGGACAAGGAACAGGUCCCACUGCUGAAGAUAGAAGAACCACCCACAACAGCCGGCAGGAUAGCUGAGUUUUUCACUGACCUUCUGACAAGGCGCCCACUUGCCCAGGCCUCCCACAAUUUCCUGCGUGGCCUCCAUUUCCACAAAGAUUAUUUCCAGCAUCCUCACUUCUCCACCUGGAAAGCCACCAAACUGGAUGGGCUCCCCAACCAGCUAACACCUAUGGAGCCUCACCUUUGCCUGCUGGAUGUCGGCUACCUUGUCAACACCAGCUGCCCACCCCUCCUGCAGCCCACUCGGAACGUGGACCUCAUCCUGUCACUGGACUACAAUCUCAACGGAGCUUUUCAGCAACUGCAGCUUUUGGGUCGGCUUUGCCAGGAGCAGGGAAUCCCGUUUCCACCCAUCUCACCCAGCCCGGAAGAGCAGCAGCAGCCACAGGAGUGCCAUGCUUUCUCUGACCCCUCCUGCCCUGAAGCCCCCUUGGUUCUGCACUUCCCCCUGGUCAAUGACUCCUUCCGGGAACACACAGCCCCUGGGGUCCGGCGGACACCCGAGGAGACAGCAGCUGGGGAGGUGAACCUGUCUUCAUCUGACUCCCCCUACCACUACACAAAGGUGACCUACAGCCAGGAAGACAUGGACAAACUGUUGUGCCUGACACAUUACAACAUCUGCAACAACCAGGAGCAGCUGCUGGAGGCCUUGCGCCAGGCUGUGCAGCGGAGGCAGCAGCGCAGGCCCCAGUGAUGACCCAGGGGAGGCGCCCACCCGGCCCCUACCAUCUUUGCCUCUUUUGGUCUGGUUCCCCAUCAUCUCCAAGUAUUCCAGAGCCUCUGGGGACUUAGGUGGCCCAGUCAUGGCACCACUGAGGUAUAUGCCCAGAACUGCCCAGAUGUAGUACUGAAGGCACCAGCAACCCUGUCACAGAUUUCAGGCUGAAGGCUGUAGUAGCAGAGGGAUUGGACCUCUUCCUCCUUCCAGGGGCUGGAGCUGAUUUUCUCUUUGAAUUGAAGGACUGGGGACUCAGAGAUUCUGUGGCAGUGAAAAUAAGGAGGCUAGAGCCCAGAGCAGUGCUGACCUUAUUUAUAUAAGCACUCAGUGACUGGUGACUGUUUUCCCUUCUGUGCUACUCUGUAG